GGUGUCUGCGAUCGCCCGUGGGCUGCCCGGCUCAGGCUCCCCAGGCCAAUCACGCCGUGGCCUCUGUUGCAGACGGAUGAAAUGCAUCUCGGCUCACCUGCAGCACGGCACCGGAGCCGAGCGUAAGAGAAAAGCCUUGCAAGUCACGGAGCUUUUCAUCCCUUAUGCAUCACCCAUCGAGGGCACAUAAUUAUAGAUUGUAAGCGGAGAGAUGAUGAUGGAGACCGUCUCUCUUACAAGUAAACACUAAACAUGGCAUGUGAGAAACAAGUAGACCAAAUUCUGAUUCUAUUCGUGGCAAUGGCGAGGAAAUGCAAAUGCAGACAUUUCAUGGGAUCGGCUCGGUUCCGAGGAGCCUGUCUAGCGGGCUCCGAAGCCGAAGCUGGCUGGCCCUUGUCUGGCCCGUAUCCAGCGCAGGUUCCUGUUUCUUUAGCGCAUCUACCGCCUGUGCAGAUGACUAGUCGGGGUGGGGAUUCACUAAUCCCGGGGUGUGCAGACGGUCGACAAACUUUCUCGCCAAUGGCUUUCGUCGUUUUCAUGACUUCAACCUUUCACGUUCUCUCUCUGGCUUUAGACAUUCGCUCUGCGCUGUUUCCAGGCCGUGAGCAUUCAUUUUUGUAUUGUCAUUACAGCCUGACUGAGAGCUCUUCAUCCAGCGUGUUAGAGUCAUGCUUUUCUAGCUCUGAGGCUUUCUUUCUCUUUCACUACAUACAUCUUUGCCCAUCUGCGUCCGUCUCACUUUGGUUACAUGGACAGACUCUGAUCGCUCGUUUUCCACGCCAUUUCUCAUCUGGUUGCUCAUUUCCAGCAUAACCUGCACGAAAACGCAACAAGACCACCAAAAUGACAAGAGAUUCUAAACCGAAGCCGAAGCUGCCUGUGCAGCAGCUGGCAAUUCUAGGUAAGCAUCAUUGGGGAUGUCAUGAUGGAAG